AUGGUCUCCCUUCUCCAUUUGACCUCCCUCUCUCCAUUCCGCCUCCCUCCCACUCUACGUCUCCCCUAUCCUUCCCAAGCCCGAGAGCAGGCCGGCAUAAAACAGUACGUCGUGCAAUUGGUCAUCAAGAUCUCGUCUGACGAGCACCACGCCGCGACCCAGAAGCAUUUCUUGACCAAGCUCAACGAGACGCUGGUACACAUCGUGAAGCAGGAGUGGCCACACGCGUGGGAGAAUUUCAUCCCGGACAUCUGCAACUCUUCCAAGGCGAACCAGUCGCUCUGCGAGAACAACCUCCGGAUCCUGAACCUGCUGAGCCAGGACGUGUUCGCCUUCGGGAAGGGGCAGAUGGUGUCGCAGAAGGUGACGCGGCUGAAGGAGUCCCUGAACUCGCAGUUCUCCACCAUCUACGAGCUCUGCAACUUCAUCUUCAAGAGCCACAUCCAAAGUCCAGGGUCCCUGAAGGCCACGCUGCUGACGACGACCCUGUCGACGCUCGCCAACUUCCUCGAGUGGGUACCGCUGGGCUACGUCUUCGAGACGGACCUGAUCCAGACGCUGCUGGUGCACUUCUGGGACCCCCUGGAGUACAGGAUAGAGUGCGCAAAGUGCUUGAACGAGAUCGCCUGUCUGCAUGUCGGCGUCCAGCAGUACCAGCAGCAACUUGUCGUCUGCUUCCAGGGUGUCGUGGAGAAGAUACAGCAGCUGCCGGAGAACACACCUCAGGCCUGCGCGGCGAUGCCGGGCCCCCAGAAGAUCUUCUGGGAGGUGUUCCACAACCAGAUCGCCCUGCUUCUGACGGGCUUCCUGAGACACAACAUGGCCGCCAUGGAGGCGCAACAGCAGUACAUGCUGCCGGCGCUCAUGUACCUCGUGCGCAUCUCCAGUGGGAACAACGAGGAGACGUUUAAGAUUUGCGUCGAGUUUUGGCACACGUUCAGCGCGCGCCUCUACAUCGAGCUGCAGCAGAGCAAGCAGCACCAGCGGGGGCACUCGCCGCUGAUGCUCGACGGUCAGCGGGAGGAGGAGGAGGAGGAGGAGGAGGAGGAGGAGGAGGAGGAGGAGGAGGAGGAGGAGGAGGAGGAGGAGGAGGAGGAGGAGGAGGAGGAGGAGGAGGAGGGAGGAGGAGGAGGAGGAGGAGGAGGAGGAGGAGGCGGAGGAGGAGGAGGAGGAGGAGGAGGAGGAGGAGGAGCAGGAGGAGGAGCAGGCGGAGGAGCAGGAGGAGGAGCAGGAGGAGCAGGAGGAGGAGGAGGGAUCGAUGGUCGAGAAUACGGAUACGUUUUUACGUUUGCCGGCUGUUCUGCUCAUGCAGGAGUUCCUUCGUCUCCACGGGUGGAUCUGCCUCGAAGUCCUGGUCAGAACGCGCCCCUUGAGAGGACCAGGGGAGAUUGCUUUAGGGGAGGAGAAGAAAGAAUCGCCACGAGGAAGGGGAGGGGGGAGGAUGAGGAGGAUGAAAGACUGGUAAAGUCCAGCGCCUGUUCUGCCGAACCUUCUGAGCGUGAAGCGCUCCCUGCCUCAGGGUGCGAACGAAAUAGUGUUUUUGCGAUCUUGUGA